CUCGAGCGGUUCGGACGGGUGGAUCACAACAUAUUGUUUCUUCUUGCCCACACUUGUCACACCUGCCUGUAUUGUGUUGCCACUUCUGAAAAGUGGCCCGUUUAGUCCAGUGUGUCCCGGUGUGUGUGGACACACUGGACCUACUGGGACCUACUGGACCUUCUGGGACCUACUGGACCUUCCCGGUUCUUGCUCACUUUCCAGGAAUAGAAGAGAAGAAAUUCCCCGGAACACCGGCGCGUCACUUAUAGGAAGGCGCCGGAGGCCCCGCCCACUCAGCCGUCCGUAGCCCAGCGGCGCUGCGCCUCGGAGCGUCACUGCGUCCGGACCCCUCUACCGACCGACCGACCCACCGAACUCUGCACAGCUGGACGGAACCCGCGGGACGACAUGGCCGAAGUAAACUCCUGUCUGAAGAGCCUCUUCACCUUCUUCAACAUCCUGUUCGCGAUCGUGGGAGGAUUUAUACUGGCCUUGGCGCUGCUCUCUCAGAUCGUCUCCUCCACACAUGGAGGACAAGCGCUUGAGGGCCGCAGCGUCGGCCUGGCCAUCCUGUACUUCACGGGCUCUGUUACCAUGGUGAUCAGCAUCCUGGGAGCUUAUGGAGCCCAUAAGGAGAACAGGGUGGCUCUCAUCGUGUUCCUGGUGUGUAUGGUCGUUGGAAGCCUGCUGAUGCUGGUAGUUGCGAUCCCGUCCGUCAUCGCUCGUGCUCAUGUGGAUGGGCUGAUGGAGGAAAAAUUCAGGGAGGUUUUGCCCUUGGACAGAGCUGAUGCCGACAUCCAGAACCAGGUCGUCCAGCUGCAGGAAACCUUCCAUUGCUGUGGUCUGUUUAGCUAUGCCGACUGGGAGCAGAACAUUCCAGAAUCCUGUGUGUGUGAUCCUCAGGAGAUGGAGGAGUGUCGCAUGGUGGAGAUGCAGCACAAGAUGGUCUACUCCCAGACAUGUUUCCCCAUCGUCCUGCACUACGUGGACUUGUUUGCAGACAUCUCUCUGGGUGUGCUCUUCGCUCUGGCCGUCCUGGCGCUGCUGGGCCUGGCCUUGUCCUCCCUGAUGAUCCACCAGAUCCAUAACGCCGCCAGGCCGAUUAUGAUGCUGACGGUGCCGGUCGUCGUCACUCCGCACCCGCCCAAAUACCAGGAGCUGUACAACCCACCGGGCUACUAGACGACCCGGCGCCAGACGCAGUCCAGCAGGGGGAUACUAACGGCUCGUCUAGUGUGCUGCGGCAGGACGUUGUGUCGCUUGCUUCGUUAUUCUGCUUUCUUUCUUCGUGGUUGUUGAUGAGGAUGCUGGGCUGCGGGGCUGCAUGGAUGCGGGGAUGCAGGGAU